AUGUACGGCCCUCCAGUCGAUCUGUCGUUUAACAAUAUGCGCUGUCUUGCAGGUGCGCUGUCCCAGGUACCCAGAAGUGGCCUGCGCCCUUUAAGCAUGAACGCAGACAACAAGUACCUGAGUCGCUCUCUGCGUCUCUGUAACAACAAGAUCACCAGCGUCGAAGGCCUCCAGCUCACACUCAGCCACUUUCUGGCUCAACCGUCGAAACUCGGCUGGUUGGACUUGUCCUUCAACAAACUCACAUGCAUAGACCGAGUUUUGUGCGAGCUGCGAGAACUGCGUGUUCUGUACCUUCACGGCAACAGAAUCUGGAAUCUGUCGGGCGUAGACAAGCUGGUAGAGCUGCAGCAUCUGCACACCAUCACGCUACAUGGAAAUGCCAUAGAAAACUACAAAGGCUACAGGCGUCAUGUGAUUUCUGCCCUCCCUCAGUUAAAGAGGAUGGACUUCAGCGCUGUGACUCGUCAGGAGCGAGUUAUGGCAAAUGUUCGGCGUCGCUGCACCGGCUGUAGCAUAAACACCAAGGAAGCUGAAGAUCAUUAAGUUAUUGUUUCUGAUUAAAUGUUUUCUUGCUUCCAAAACCUGUAUUUUUCUUUUCAUUUUCUUGAAUUGAUUCUUCCAUUGAUUCAGUCGUGCUCGGUAAAGUGAACCACUGAAUAUCUAUUGUGAUUCUUGGGAGUC